AUGACUCGCUCGGCCGAUCCGAUCCCAGUCGUCACCAGCUACCCCGCCGGCGCCGGCUACCCCAACCCCUACCCUUACGUCUACGGCGCUCCUCCCCCGCGGCUCCCGCCGCACGCUGUCCCCUACUAUCCCUACGGGGCCGGCGCGACUCCGCGGCCGGCGCCCCCUUCCGAGCCGCGCAGUACCGUCUUCCUCCGCAGCCUCUGCGCCGUCAUGAUCGCCUCCUUCCUCGUCCUCUUCGUCUUCAACCUCGUCCUCUGGCUCGUCCUCCGGCCCAACCUCCCCGAGAUCGCCGUUUCCUGGGCCGCCGUCUCCGGCUUCAACCUCACCGCCGCAGCCCAGCGGCUGUCCGCCGAUUUAAACUUCUCCCUCACCUUUCACAACCCCAACGACAAGUUGGGCAUCGACUACGACGAGAUCGGCGUGACCGUCCUCUACGACUCCGAAAUCAUCUCCUAUGCCCCGAUCCCGCCCUUCUAUCAGGAGAAUGGGAGCACCACCGCGGCCGGUGCCCGCCUGUUAUCGGCGGGCGCGAAGGCGAUGGACUGGGAUCGGAGCCAUGGCGACGGGGCCCUGAACUUUGUUUUCAGGGUGUUCGCAUGGGUGAAGUUUGGGUCGGGCGCGUGGUGGACGAGGAGGGACGCCGUGAUGGCGCACUGCAAGGAUGUCCGCAUCGGGUUCGGUAACGGGACGGUGGCAGCGGCCGGCGAUCUGGUUGGCCCUUCGCCCAAGAAUUGCUUGGUUUUAAUGUAA